CCGCCAGGAGAGGUCCGCAGCCGCGGCGAGGCUGCUGCGGUCGCGGAGGACUGGCGGCGGCCAGCAUGGAGCGCGAGCUGGAGACGCUGGCGGCCCGGCCCGCGCGCCCAGCGGAGCCGCCCUUCCAGGCGCUCGUGGAGGCGGCGGGCGGGCGCGGGCAGGUGCUGCUGGUGGGCGAGCUGUGGGAGCGCGAGCAGAGCCGCGCGCUGCUGCGGGACUUCGCCCGGGCCGUGUUCCCGCCGGAGCAAGCCGCCGGAAAGCCCGGCGACGCGGCCGCCGAAGCCGACGGACCCGAGGCGCCCGGGGCGCGGUGGGCGCCCAGGACGGCAAGGGCCCGCGCCAUCUAUUCGCCGCUGGUCUUCGUGCUGUGCCGCGCGUUGUCACUGGCCUCCCGGGAGCCGCGGCGCCGCCUGCGGGAGAUGCUGCGGGACGUGCGCGACCGGCGGCGGGCUGGUGGGGCGCUGGUCGGGGUGCUGGUGGCGGAGGCCGGGCCCGAGGACGCGGUGGCGCCGGGAUUGCGGCUCCUGGAGGCGCUGCUGCGCACCGUAUUCGGCCGCCAGGCGGGGGGCCGCGUGCAGGCGGCCGCCUACUGCCCGGGCCACCCCGCCUCCAGCCUGGCUGUCCAAGCGGCCGCUUGCAGAGCCCUGCAAGCCGCCGGGCCCGCGCGACCAGAGGAAGGAGCCUGGGAGAGACCCGGCCUCCCCACGCUGCUGGCGUGCUUUUCCUGGGGUCCUUGGAGCCGGGGGAAGAACCCGGAUGCCACUUCCCCCAGUGGCCCAGCUCAGGGUACCUUCCAGGACCCUGAGGAGGAGCUGGCACUGACAGCCUUAUUUCCCAACAGAGACUGUGAGGAUCCUGGAAAGGAUUCGAGAGCCUGUGAUGGAGUUGUUCACACUCCUGCUGAGCCCACUGGAGACUUGAGAUGAAGUCUGGACCCCUGCGCUGCCCCAACUCUAACCUGCAGACUGGGGGGCUGGCUCCUUCUCAUGGAGCCCAAUGCCUCCAUGUAGACCUUGGGAUGGCAGUAGCUACGAAGGCCCCACCUGCUGGGGGCCUCACUGACAGUUACCAACAAGGCAGCAGGAUUUACUAAGCUAAGCUGGACCUAGGGAAACGUGUCAUCGGGAACCUGCCCCCAUCUCGCAUUUGGUCACUCUCUGGUUACACUGAGAUUGUUUUUUUUUUUCUCUGUGCCUUGUUUUUUCUAUGCCCUUGAGACAGAUGGCUGUCUGCUUUGAGGCUCUGCGGUGCUGUGGCAUAUUUGCAUGAGCAUCCGUCAUUUUAAGUGCAGCUGGAAAGAACCCUGGACCAGAAUUCAUCAGAUAAGGAGGGAGGGCCUUGGACCUGUCACUCAACCAGGAGCCAGGCUACCCCUCCAGGCAGCACUGGAACUGUGUGUGUGUGUGUGUGUGUGUGUGUGUGUGUGUGUGUGUGUGUGUGUGUGUGUUGGGAGGGUCACUGACUGUGGGGCGCCCCUGGCAUUUAGUAGGCAUCUCAUAUUGUGUAGGACAAUCUCCAACAGCACAGAGAUUGUUCCACUCAACAUAUCAAUCACAGCACCUUUGAGAAACUCUGGAUGAGCCAGUCUCUUCCCUGUCAAAUUCUAGUGUGAAUCCCCCAGAGCAGAGAGGGUUGGGCUUCCUGGGACCUUGGCUCCCAAGCAAGCCAGACUAAAGACUGCAUUGCCACAUGGGGGGGCCUGUGGGGUCAGAGACAAGAUACUGCAUUGCUGCAGGCCCAGGGCAGAAAUAGCCAUGCACAUCUGUGAAAAGAAAGAGCCCUUUUUCUUCCUCAUGUUGACAUUGACUUUUAGUGCCAAGUCCUUUGAGAAUAAAGAUGCCAGGAACUGCUCAGAGCACCAAACAGAAGGAAAGUUAGGGGUAUAGAUUAAUACAAGGGCAUAGGACUUGCUCUCAAUCUCAGGUCCUAACUCAAGGUCAAAGUCGACCCAGCCGAGAGGUGCUGAGUUCCUGAAUCCUUUUUUCUGUAUGGAUGAGUCAGACAGGGUUGAUGAUGUUCCCUUAAAAGCCAGGAAGGCCAUCUGUUCACUCAGAGAGGGAACUCUGCAUUACCUCCUUUGUCUUCCUUGCCUGCCUCUGGAGAAAUCCAGUCUUUGGAAUGGCAAGGACAGCUCCUGAUUUUCCCUGGUAGGAAGUACUAUCUAAAGGGAAGUAGCUCAAUUUAUUCAUUCAUGCUUGAUUCACUCAGCAGACAUGCAGUUGUGCCUACUAUUUACCCAGUGACCUGCCAAGUGCUGCAUAACUUCCUUUAGUUAUUUCAGCUCUCUCUCUGAUGGUGCCAAAAUGUGGAAUGGGAAAACUGUGGCUGAGGGGUUCUGGGAUGUUAAGAGCAGCCUUCUCUGCUCGAUGCCUCAAAUUUAUUCUCUGUAAUAGGGAGCCUAAUCCCUAGUAGUGUGAGGACAGGUAGGUGGAUAUCUUAUUUGGGGUGGGUUGGCAGCAGUUAUUUUAAUAAUGCAAAGCUCUCUCACCAAGAGAAGGGUCCAGCUGACUUCUACACAAGAAUGAACUCAAUGAAUUACUGUUGAUUUUGUUUUAGAAUGGGGAAACUGGUAUCUUUGAAGCUGCUAUAUUUUUCCAUUUAUCCAUUAAUUUCUUUGCAAUGCUUUGGUCAGAAAUUUUUUACUUGAUGUGGGGAGGUAGCUUUUUUUAAGUUAGGAAAUUGUCUGAGGCCAAAGUUAUUAUACAAGGCAGCAGCCUCUGAUGUGUUUAAAAACUUAUGAGUUCGUUGCCAAUAUUUGAAAGUUGGGAGACUGCACAUAAAAAAGCCAGUUUUGGGGGUGGAAGGUGAGGCAUACCGUCAUCUCCAUUUUGCUAUAAUCCCACCCCCCAACACAUGAGUCCCUCUCCCAUCCACCCACCCCACCCCUCUACUGCACUUCACUCAUAUAUGCUCCCUGCCGGGCCCUGGUCCUGGUGGGCAUUUGAGUUUGCAAGCUUUUGAUGUAAAGGGUAGGUUACACGUUUUUUCCAUUACCUUCAGUACUUCCUGUGAAUAGUUGAAGACAGAGGUGUUUCUUUUAUUGAGAGUUGGGUUCUGCCUCUCAAUUGAUAAAGACAGGGCUGAGAUGCUUCUGGGCCCAUCUUGGCUUUCUUGAGACAUGGCUAAGCUAAGCACCAUCCAUUAAGAACAAUCUAGUUGCCCUUUUCUAGCAGACAGAAGAGUUAGGUAGGUGCUAGAAGGGAUCACCUUGGUGGUGAAUCUCUUCUCCCAAGGUCUAUUACAAGGCAUAAAGGUUGGGAUGGGCUUGCCUGAGUGGACCUUGGAUUAGGUCAGUGGUACCAGGAGCCUUUGGCAAAGAGCCUGCAGUCAGGGCACAGUCUGGUCUCUUGGAUACUAAUCUUUCUAAUAUGGCAGUAAUUGUACUGCUUCUGAACUUGAAUCGGUAAUUCCUUUAUCUAAUAAAACCAAACAGUACCUCAUUGCUGUCUAGUCAAAACCAGAAUGGGUCUUCCCCUUUAUUUUCAUAAGAUGUCCCUUGCAGGAGCACUUGGGAACAGACCAUUCGCAAAUGGGAACCUCUGGAAUAGUCUGGCCUGAAAGUCCCCCAGUUCUGCCCUGGGUGACAUCUCUACAGCCCUAUUGGCUGCAGUUAGAAAGUAAAUAUUUUUAAAGAGAUUUUUUUUGAAAGAUGGCAUUUAGCUUGGUAUUUAAGGGUGUGUGUGUGUGUGUGUGUGUGUGUGCACGCACACAUGUUUAACGAGAUAAAAUGGCCUUAACUAAGUCUCAGAGAGCCCUUUAGAAUAUCUGUGUCACAGUUUCUUCUCAAAGUAUUUGUCUCCAAGACUUACCACACAAGAAGAGUUCUUUGGUUGUCAAACCAAAAGCAAGCAAACCUGUAAAGGGGCCAAGGGCUGAUGCCCCCCAAACCUGUGAUCUAAACAAGGCCUUACCCCAGACAGGGGAACCAGUCGAUGAUGGCCACACGAGCCUGAGAUGACAGCCACAUGAGCCUGAAAGCAGUCUCCACCUCAAAACCAAGUGACAAGGCUGGUUCCCUGUGGCCAGGAGGCCUGCACUUUUUCCUCUAGGGUAGUAAACACAUCCAGCUUAGUGAAAGAAGCUGGUUGUUUUGUACCGAAGGGCUGCAUAACCCCUUGUGACCUGGUUUUGUGUGUUAGUGAAUCGAAGAUUGAGACGGACAUGGAGUUUGGCCUGGGCAACCUGCCACUUGUACUCAUAUAACCUUGGAGUUCAAGGGGAAAUGGGGUACGAAGCAGGGUGGACAACCGGGAUCCUGCAUGAACCCCUCAGAUGCCUUUGGCCCUUGAGCCUGAGCCCUCCAGUUACAUUAGGGCUGCCUAAUUGGGAGCAGAGGUAAGCCUCCCCCUCCCGGGCCAUGCUGUGGGUCAUGCGUACCAGAGUGUGGGAGCGCUCUGGUUCAAAGGUGGGCUGGGCAUUGGGGCCACUCCCUGAGUACCCCAUCCCCAGCUGGGGCUCCUGCUGCAAAUGCAGACCCGCGCCUGCCUGUCCCUUGACCAGUGAGAGUCAGAGAUGCUCAGGUAGGAGUUCCGAUUUUAAGUCUUAGUCAGGCUUGCCGCUGUCCUGCUCUGAACUUAUUUGGAGUAAUCAGGCGUUUGGCUUAGUCCUUGUGACCAAGCCCUCAUUUUGAGUCCUGGUUGUAGAAAUUGGGUCUCCAUCUUGUCGCCUUGAGUGCCUUCUCUCCCUCACUGCUCAUCGAGGUCUAAUCAGAGCAGGUUGUUGCCUUGGAUCAGUACCCUAAGCCCAGACUACUCUUACCCUGACCACCUACCAUCCCAGGUAUAUUGCCUGCUCUAGAACUCCCAGCUGCCAGGGCAGCCGCUCCCAGCCCCUUGGUCCCUGACAGGAGAGAGUCUCACCUUCAGCCUCUACCACCUCGUCUGAUCUGGCCCAGCAUGUGCCAGCACCAAAGAGCAGGCAAGCCUGAGAAGCAGGCCAAAAAGCCAGGCCUACGUGGGAGGCCAGAGGGAACGAGACCUCGGGUGGGUCUAGACCAGCCCGGCUGAGGAGAACUUGAACACCAGGCACAUCUGUAGCUUUAGAUUUUUCUGGCAGCCACAUUGGAAGAACAAAAAGAAACAGGGGAAAUUAAUUUUAAAAAUAUAUUUUAUUUAGCCCAAUAUGUCCAAAAUAGUAUUUCAACUGCAAAUACUAAAAUGUAAUAAGACAUUUUGCAUCUUUGAAAUCCUGUAAGAAUUUUACAACCUGCAGCCCAAUUCAGAUACUAAAUUUUUAUCCAAAAUACUUGAUCUGUAUUUAGAUGUUAAUUGUAUAGUUGAAAAAAUAGAUACACAUCUUCAAUUUGUUUCAUAUAUACUUAAAAGUUUUCCUAUAAUUGAAUUGGGUAUCAAUCUUUCAAUUUCAAUGAAACAAAAUUAAAUUUAAAAUCAGUUCCUGAGUUGCACUAGCCGCAUUUCAAGUGCUUGAUAGCACCUGUGGUUAGUGGCUGGGAUGGGACGGAGAGAGUUUGGAACACGGGAAACGGGCAGGAGACCUGUCCUAGGUGUUCACCGUGGCUCCUCCCACCCCUGGCCACUAGCCCAGAGCUGGCUGGUCAUCCCAGACCCGCAGCAAAGGGACCACAGUGGUUUCCAGUACCAGCUCGCUCAGGGAAACCUUCCUUCUGGUUGCCCUCCUGGGCACCAUCCUUAGAGGGAGGGUCGCGGAUGGCUUCCCGGGUCCUUUUUCGCCUCAGUGCACCCAGGCCAGUUCCUUUGCUGGCCAGGCGUUUCCUUCCAACCAAAUACCCACCCACGGGAGGCCCGUGUCACUGGAUGGGUUUCACAUUUCUGCUUCCAUGAAUAAAU